UGGGCCCCCGCGGGCGGGCAGUGCUGCGGUGUGGGGGGGCGGGCGGGCAGGCUGGAGAGGAGCAGCCCGGGCCGGGUGGGGAGCCCAUACCGAGGCACGGACCAGACGCUUUGUUAGCUGGAGGCCCGGACUGCCUGAUCCGGGAGGUGGAGCCUGGUUCUGGACUCUUGUACGUAGUUUCGUUUCUGGCCAUUUUUUCUACCGCCAAAUGGUGAGUUAGGGCUGUGGAUCUUGAGAGAUGGCGUCGUGUAAAGGAAAGAGCCUACUUUGACUAAGUCUUGGGUCAGACUUCCUGAACCUGAGCUUACACCUGUGUAACAUAAAGGAGUUCGACUAAGUGAAGUCUGAGAUCACUACAACUCUGAAGUUUCCAAAGGGGAGAAGACAGGAGAAGGAAGCAGAAUCUGUGCCAAACUCUGCAGACGAUUCAGUGAAUGACCCCGAUUUAGUCCUUCCACCCCUCACCUACUCAGCUUUUUAUCUGUGAAAGUUGAAACCCUAAGGGGUAAGGGAUAGACACUGCCAGGAAGACUUCGGAAUUCAAAAACAGGGAGCUUGUGGCUUGGGCCCUGUUUCCCACCUGGAACUUUGCCCAACACAGGCAACUACAAUCAAGUAGAAAUGGCAACAUAAUAUGUUUAAGCAGAUGGCCAGGCAGCAUUGAUAACCACUCCCACUCCUGCAUGUUCCUUGACUACACUGAACUGAAAAGGAGAUACAGAAUUCCUUAAGAGUGUGUCUUGGUGUGGACCUCUUUGAGUUGAUCUUAUUUGGGACUCUCUGAUCUUAUUUGCUUCCUGUACCUGAAUGUCUGUUUCAUUUUGCAGAUAAGGAAAUAGAGGCAAAUGGAAGUUAAGGAACCUCACACAGUAAGAAACCUCACAAGAAGACAACCCAGAAGUAAUAAUCACAGAAGGAGAUGGCAUAAGGGCUGGACCAAGAAGAUGGACAGUUGGAAGGAAAGCUGGUUUGGAUGACUUGCUCUGCUUAUUCCAGGGGUGUGUUUCGUCGAGAUACACACAAGAGUGAGAUCGCGCAUCGGUUUAAUGAUUUGGGAGAAGAAAAUUUCAAAGGCCUGGUGCUGAUUGCCUUUUCUCAGUAUCUUCAGCAGAGCCCGUUUGAUGAGCAUGUAAAAUUAGUGAAUGAAGUAACCGAGCUUGCAAAAGCAUGCGUUGCUGAUGAGUCAGCUGCAAAUUGUGACAAGUCACUUCACACUCUCUUUGGAGAUAAACUGUGUGCAGUUGCAUCCCUUCGUGAAACCUAUGGUGAAAUGGCCGACUGCUGUGCGAAACAAGAGCCUGAGAGAAAUGAAUGCUUCCUGAAACACAAAGAUGAUAAUCCAGACCUCCCUAAGUUGAAACCAGACCCUGAUACUUUGUGUACCGAGUUUAAGGAAAACGAACAGAAGUUUUGGGGAAAAUACCUAUAUGAAAUUGGCAGAAGACACCCCUACUUUUAUGCCCCAGAACUCCUUUACUAUGCUCAUCAAUAUAAAGGAGUUUUUGCAGAAUGCUGCCAAGCUGCUGAUAAAGGUGCCUGCCUGAUACCAAAGAUUGAGUCUGUGAGAGAACAAGUACUGGCUUCAUCUGCCAGACAGAGACUCAGGUGUACCAGUAUCCAAAAAUUCGGAGAAAGAGCUCUAAAAGCAUGGUCAGUAGCUCGCCUGAGCCAGAAAUUUCCCAAGGCUGAUUUUGCAGAGGUUUCCAAGAUAGUGACAGAUCUUACGAAAGUCCACAAGGAAUGCUGCCAUGGUGACCUGCUUGAAUGUGCAGAUGACAGGGCGGAUCUUGCCAAGUAUAUAUGUGAAAAUCAAGCUACAAUCUCCGCUAAACUGAAGGAGUGCUGUGAUAAGCCUCUGUUGGAAAAAUCCCACUGCAUUGCUGAGGUGGAAAAAGAUGAGUUGCCUGAAAACCUGUCCCCAGUAGCUGCUGAUUUUGCUGAAGAUAAGGAAGUUUGCAAAAACUAUAAUGAAGCAAAAGAUGUCUUCCUGGGCACGUUUUUGUACGAAUAUGCGAGAAGGCAUCCUGAGUACUCUGUCUCAUUGCUGUUGAGAAUUGCCAAGGGAUAUGAAGCCACACUGGAGGAUUGCUGCGCCAAAGAUGAUCCUCCCGCGUGCUAUGCCACAGUGUUCGAGAAACUUCAGCCUCUUGUGGAUGAGCCUCAGAAUUUAAUUAAACAAAACUGUGAACUUUUUGAAAAACUUGGAGAGUAUCUAUUCCAAAAUGCGCUCAUAGUUCGUUACACCAAGAAAGUACCCCAAGUGUCAACUCCAACUCUCGUGGAGGUCUCAAGAAACCUAGGAAAAGUGGGCUCUAGGUGUUGUUCGCAUCCUGAAUCAGAAAGAAUGUCCUGUGCUGAAGACUAUCUGUCCUUGGUCCUGAACCGGUUGUGCGUGUUGCACGAGAAGACACCAGUGAGCGAAAGAGUUACCAAAUGCUGCACGGAGUCCUUGGUGAACAGACGGCCAUGCUUUUCUGCUCUGACAGUUGAUGAAACAUAUGAACCCAAAGCUUUUGAUGAGAAAACAUUCACCUUCCAUGCAGAUUUAUGCACACUUCCCGAGAAUGAGAAACAAAUCAAGAAACAAAUUGCACUUGUUGAGCUGGUGAAACACAAACCCAAGGUAACAGAGGAACAACUGAAAACUGUUAUGGGGAAUUUUGCAGCUUUUGUAGACAAGUGCUGUGCAGCUGAUGUCAAAGAGACCUGCUUUGCUCUGGAGGGUCCAAAACUUGUUGCUUCAACUCGAGAAGCCAUAGCCUAAAAAGAACACAACCACAAGCAUCUCAGCCUACCCUGAGAGUAAGAGGAAAAAAAGAGAAAUGAAAACUCAGAGCUUAUUCAUCUGUUUUUCUUUUGUGUUGGUGUUAACCAACACCCUGUCUUAAGAACACAAAUUUCUUUAAAUAUUUUGCCUCUUUUCUCUGUGCUACAAUUAAUAAA